AUGAAAUGCUCUGAAGUUAUUCAAAUGUUAUGGGAUGAUUUCAAUGUAGCUUAUGCGGAUGCUAAAGUAUUCAAAUGGUCAGUUUGGUGGUCGUUAUCACUUAGUGGUUAUGUAUUGGUUUCGCAAUAUAUCCAACUUCAUUGGGAAGAAAUUGAAGCUCACGGCGAACUAAAUUCUUUGAACGGUGCAGUUGAAUCAGUGGCCACAUUAUUCAGUGCUGCUACUACAUAUGCGAUUGGAAGAGUAAACGGAGAUUGGGAAAAGUAUGGAGACAUGAUAAUGGCAAUAGUAGCUAUGGGACUUGGAGGCGUGUUAUAUUUCCUUUCUUUUACUGAAUCUUUAAUAAAGUCGUAUGUAUACUAUAUAAUAUUCUGUUGUACAUAUCAGACAAUGGUGACAAUAUCAAGCGCAGAAGUUGCCAAAUUGUUGAAAAGGAAUUGUUAUGCCUUAAUAUUUGGAUUUAACAAAUUGGUUGCGUAUAUUUUAAUUAUUAUAUUCACUGUGGUCGUCGUUGAAGAUAAAUUGUUCUCUUUUGACAUUCGUCAACAGCAUGAUAUAGUUUCAAAAUACUUUGAACCAAAGAUUAAAAGUAUGAGCAGUGUGAUACACUAUACGUGGAAAUGA